UAUGAUUCAAAAAUUAUUUGAUCAUUAAUUUAUGAAUAUAUUGUAAUACAAUUAUUACCAAUAUAUUGAUUAACAGUAUUAUGAAUAUUAUUAUUGACGAAGUAUUACAACAUUUAGAAUCAUCUUUAUCUGCUGAAUUUGACUAUAGCAAUGUACAUAACUCGCUAGAUUUUUUAUUUCGAAAAUCGUUGAAUGAUUCCCUUACUGAUAAUUCAAAAGUUGCAUUAUCCAGUGUUGAAGCUGUCUUAGAAAAAGUAUGGGAGUCACUUCAUACUGGUUCCUGGGCUGAUGCUUCAGAUGACAUGCGUAAACUUUAUUCUCAUGCUAGCUUGCUUAAGACCAAGUUAUUAUUAAAAACUGCAAAUGAUGAAAGAAUGUUAAAAAAAACUAUAAAAGCAAUUGAUAUGGGGUUGCUAAUGGGUAAUGCAUUUAGAAAUGAAUUAACUGUAGCUGCAACGUUAUUGUGUAAAGCUCUACAGCAGACUUUUAUUGAGCAUCCAGUUAAAUUGUGUAAUAAUAGCAAAUCAAAAAAUAACAGUUAUGCAUUCCAUAAAAUUGGUGAUCAUAUUCCAACACUACAUCAACCAUCCUUAGAAACAUUUUUAAGGGAUUAUCUUAAAUCUAAAAAACCUAUUAAAAUUACAGGCAGUAUGGAACACUGGCCUGCUCUAAAUAAAUGGAAAGAUUUAAAUUAUCUUAUAAAAUUAGCUGGGGCUAGAUUAGUUCCUGUUGAAAUUGGAUCAUCUUAUGCAGAUGCUGAUUGGAGUCAAAAAUUAAUAACACUUGAAGAAUUCAUAAAGAUCCAUGUUGUUCAAGAAGGUGAAAAACCAACAUACCUUGCACAACAUCAACUUUUCAAUCAAAUUCCAGAAUUAAAAGAUGAUAUUAGAAUCCCAGAGUAUUGUUAUUUAACAGAUGUGGAUGAUGUUGAACCUGACAUAAAUGCAUGGUUAGGUCCUAAAGGAACCGUGUCUCCUACACAUUAUGAUCCAAAGAAUAACUUUUUAGCUCAAGUGCUGGGAUCAAAAUUUAUUAUUUUGUAUGAUCCUAAGUGGUCUAGCUAUUUAUAUCCAUAUGAUGAUAAAUUUCUUAAGAAUACUGCACAAGUAGAUCCAGUUACCCCUGAUUUAAGUCAAUUUCCCAAUUUCUCUAAAGCCAAAGCUACACAUUGUAUUUUAAAAGAAGGUGAAAUGUUAUUUAUACCAUCUGGUUGGUGGCAUAGAGUUGAAUCUCUUUCAGAAACAGAAAGACUUGAGUCAUUAAUUUUGGUAUCCACUGAAAGAGACAUUUUAGAAGAACUUAAAUCCAAAACAAAUUUGCUGAAAAAAAUAGGCGCAUGAAGUUAUAAGUGUGAAAUGAAUUGUUAAG